GGGGGCAGUUAGUCUCACCACCAGCUGACAUAGGGGACUCUUUUCUGGUCUCUCUUUCUUUCUGACCCACUGCGAGUCUGCGUUGCAAUGAAUAGAAUAAUGGACUAUUAGGCAACAUUAGGGGGUGGUGCAGCCCCCUCAGCACCUCUACUUCCAUGGUUACUGAGCUUAUUUAAGGUUACAUAAAAGUGUUUUACAUCAACUAGAGAAAAGUCAUAAGUCGGGAACAGAGUUUGAAAACAUCAUAUCAAAGAAUAUGACAUUUCCCUAAAAACAAAGAAGGUUGGUGAAGGUUCAGACAUCAGUUUGUUCAGAAUGUUUUGGAGUGCCAGCAGUUAUAUAACAAGUGUAUUAUUUAAAAUUUACAAAAAGAGCAAAAUGAAGAAAUAUCCUGGUAUUUAGUUAUUACAGCUAUUAUUAAUAUUUGAGAGUUUAGAGAGAGAGAGAGUUCAUUUGUCAGCCUAAAGCAUCUGAACACAUUAAAUUAUGUUCAUUUCCCCUUAAUAUUAAGUGUUUUAUUCAUCUGUUAAGUUUCCACACAGAAACGUACACACACACUCACAUAGGUUUGUCUUUCUAUACUUGUGAGGACCCUCAUUGACAUAAUGCAUUCCCUAGCUCCUAACAGUAACCUUAACCAUCGCAAAUAAAUGCCUAACCCCAACCCAUACCCUAACCUACACCCAGUUUGAACCUUAACCUUAAAUUCUUAACCUUGAAACAGUCCUUUUGAAGUAGUGAGGGCCGGCCAAAAUAUCCUCACAAUGCAGAAAUAUCCUCAAUACCAUGGUUUUAAACUGAAAUUGGUCCUCACAAAGAUAGCAAUAUCAAUUUCUCUCUCCAAUUUCAGCUAUAAUUCAAUCUAAAAAAGUGCCCUGUUUAUUGUUUUCAAAUCCAGAAAACUAAUUGUUAUUUAAGGUAUCUUGGUAUCUUCUAGAUCUUGACAGACCGGACAGAUGGAGACACAAACGGAGGUCCUCUUACAAACUUUUAACAAUUUGAAUGCAGAGGACUUUAAAACAUUUAAGUGGUACCUGCAGCAGAAGAGUGUCCUACAAGGCUUCCCAGUAAUCCCAAAGAGUCGACUGGAGAAUGCCGACAGGAUGGACACAGUGGAUCAGAUGGUGCAGACCUACAGUAUAAACGCUAUUAAGGUGGCCAGAAUGGUUUUGGUUUUGAUGAACCAGAAUGAUCUAGUGGAGAAUUUAUUAAUCACCAUAUCAGGACCUACAGAGAUUAUUGCCACGUGUCAACGUAAACUCAAAUCCAACCUGAAAAAGAGGUUUCAGUGUUUAUUCGAGACGAUCGCAAAAGCAGGAAAUAUGAAACUUCUGAAUGAGAUCUACACAGAGCUCUACAUCACAGAGGGAGGGGCUGCAGAGGUCAAUGAUGAACAUGAGGUCAGACAGAUUGAAGCAGCAUCCAGGAAACCAACAACACCGGAAACAUCAAUCAGACAAGAAGACAUCUUUAAAUCCUCUCCUGGAAGAGAUGAACCAAUCAGAACAGUGAUGACAAAGGGAGUUGCUGGCAUUGGGAAAACAGUCUUAACACAGAAGUUCACUCUGGACUGGACUGAAGACAAAGCCAACCAGGACAUACAGUUCACAUUUCCAUUCACUUUCAGAGAGCUGAAUGUGCUGAAAGAGAAAAAGUUCAGCUUGGUGAAACUUGUUCAACACUUCUUUACUGAAACCAAAGAAGCAGGAAUCUGCAGGUUUGAAGAGUUCCAGGUUGUGUUCAUCUUUGACGGUCUGGAUGAGUGUCGACUUCCUCUGGACUUCCACAACAAUGAGGUUGACCCACAGAAGGAGGAGUACUUCAGGAAGAGAUUCAGAGAUGAGGAGCAGGCCAGCAGAAUCAUCUCCCACAUCAAGACAUCACGAAGCCUCCACAUUAUGUGCCACAUCCCAGUCUUCUGCUGGAUCACUGCUACAGUUCUGGAGGAUGUGUUGAAGACCAGAGAGGGAGGACAGCUGCCUAAGACCCUGACUGAGAUGUACAUCCACUUCCUGGUGGUUCAGUCCAAACUGAAGAACGUCAAGUAUGAUGGAGGAGCUGAGACAGAUCCACACUGGACUCCAGAGAGUAGGAAGAUGAUUGAGUCUCUGGGAAAACUUGCUUUUGAGCAGCUGCAGAAAGGCAACCUGAUCUUCUAUGAAUCAGACCUGACAGAGUGUGGCAUCAAUAUCAGAGCAGCCUCAGUGUACUCAGGAGUGUUCACACAGAUCUUUAAAGAGGAGAGAGGGCUGUACCAGGACAAGGUGUUCUGCUUCGUCCAUCUGAGCGUUCAGGAGUUUCUGGCUGCUCUUCAUGUCCAUCUGACAUUCAUCAACUCUGGUGUCAAUCUGCUGUCAGAAACAGUAUCCUGGUGGACUGGACUUUUGACCUCCUUGUGGUCUAAAGGAUUUAGAGAGAACUCUGAUUUAACACAUCUCUACCAAAGUGCUGUGGACAAGGCCUUACAGAGUCCAAAUGGACACCUGGACUUGUUCCUUCGCUUCCUCCUGGGUCUUUCACUGGAGACCAAUCAGACUCUCCUACGAGGCCUGCUGACACAGACAGAAAGUAGCUCUGAGACCAACCAGGAAACAGUCGAUUACAUCAAGAAGAAGCUUAGUGGGAAUUUGUCUUCAGAGAGAAACAUCAAUCUGUUCCACUGUCUGAACGAAUUGAAUGAUUGUUCUCUAGUGGAUCAGAUCCAACAGGUCCUGAGAUCAGGAAGGCUCUCCACAGAUAAACUGUCUCCUGCUCAGUGGUCAGCUCUGGUCUUCAUCUUACUGUCAUCAGAAAAAGAUCUGGACGUGUUUGACCUGAAGAAAUACUCUGCUUCAGAGGAGGCUCUUCUGAGGCUGCUUCCAGUGGUCAAAGCCUCCAACAAAGCUCUGCUGAGUUUCUGUAACCUCUCAGAGAGAAGCUGUGAAGCUCUGGCCUCAGUUCUCAGCUCCCAGUUCUCUAGUCUGAGAGAGCUGGACCUGAGUAACAACGACCUGCAGGUUUCAGGAGUGAAGCUGCUCUCUGCUGGGCUGGAGAGUCCACACUGUAGACUGGAAACUCUCAGACUGUCAGGCUGUCAGAUCACAGAAGAAGGCUGUGCUGCUUUGGCCUCAGCUUUGAGGUCCAAUCCUUCCCAUCUGAGUGAGCUGGACCUGAGCUACAAUCAUCCAGGAGACUCAGGAGAGAAGCUGCUGUCUGCUGGACUGGAGAAUCAACACUGGAGACUGGACACUCUCCGGGUGCACAAUAGUGGAGAGCAGAGACUGAAACCUGGCAUGAGGAAGUAUGCCCAUAAACUCACCCUGGACACAAACACAGCACACAGAGCGCUCAAACUGUCUGACAACAAAAGAAAGGUCACACGGGUGAAAAAGGAGCAGCCAUAUUCUGAUCAUACAGACAGAUUUGACCACUGGAAACAGCUGCUAUGCAGAAAUGGUCUGACUGGUCGCUCUUACUGGGAAGUCCAGUGGGAAGGACUGGUUCACGUAGCAGUAACUUACAGAGGAAUCGGCAGGAAAGGAAAGAGAUAUGACUGCAGGUUUGGAGGGAAUGACAAGUCCUGGAGUCUGAGCUGCUCUGGUUAUGGUUACUCUGCCUGGCACAAUAACAGAGUAACAGACCUCCCUCUCUCCUCCUCCUCUGUCUCUAACAGAGUAGCAGUGUAUGUGGACUGUCCUGCUGGCACUUUGUCCUUCUACAGUGUCUCCUCAGACAAACUGAUCCACCUCCACACCUUCAACACCACUUUCACUGAACUUCCCUACCCUGGGUUUGGAAUCUUACAGUUUGAUUCCUCAGUGUCUCUGUGUUGUCUGUAUGAAAGAGAGUCUCUUCCUGUGAAGAGAAACACUGUUGAUAUUUAGACCCACUAAAGAAAGAAUGAGUGUGUAGUCAUGUCAGGAGAAAAGCCCUGAUGAUAUAAAAUUGCUAGGAAGAAUAGUGCAAACCUCAAGAGACAUGUCAAGACAUCCAAUAAAGACAUUGGGAAAAUAUAAAAGCUUCUGGUUAGAAGUUAGACUAAUGUGAAACCAACCAAUCUAAAUGAAAACUCUGCUGUUCUCCUGUGCCUUUGAUUGAUUGGUUUCUCUGCUGCACUUUUAUAUCCAUUGUUGAAUUUGGAGCAACUUAGAAUAAAGUGAGUUAGUGAGCGGUACUGCAAUAAUCAUUUACUAUGUUAAUUGAUUUGAUUUUAUUGCUUAUUGAUUUUGAAUGUCAUUCUAAUGCUUUUCUCAGCCUAUGUAAAGCUGCCUUGCCUUGUAUUGCUCGGUUCAUGAGGGUUACACUUUUUAAAAUGGUGUUGGUUCAGCUGUGAAAAGCAUUUUUUUUUAUUCUUUCAUUUUUCUUGAUAGUAUUUCCCAUUUUGGCCACAUUUCUAAAUAAAUAUGCCAAUCAAAACAUGUGUCUGAAGGUAUCAUUGACAUUCGAUGACAUCAGACCAGACAUCCAGUCAAUUGCUUUGUGGUCAAUGUUCAGAACCAAAGGCCUGUAUCAUGAUGCGAGGUUAGUGUGAUAAAUAGGGGGACUUACUUUAAGUGUUUACUGUAAGUGUGACUAGUAAAGAUUUGCAAUAGAUUAUGUUUUGAUUUGUGUCAUGCUGCAUAUUCCCAAACAACUUUCCAAAUAAUCAGAUUAUCACAAACCAGGUUUUGGGGCCCUGGGACAGUUGCCUUCUUUGCAUGGUUGGUAAUCCAGCCUUGUCUACAAAUGGAUUUCAGUUUUCUUUAUUUAGAAAGAAGAUUAAUGUUAUGUAAUCUAACAUAUUUCUGACAAAUACAUGUUCAUUUCUCUGUCUCCUGAACAGAACUGUAGCUGCUGCUUUGGAUGUAUUUCUUGGAUGAGUUUUGUAUUUACACAGAACAACCUGUCAUCAUCUACUGUGUCUGUUCUCAUUUACGUUUCACUGCUCUGGAUGAAAACUGAGCUGCUGCAACAGAAAUACAGGACGUAUGUACAGCGUGAACUUCUGCUGAAUACAAACAGAAAUGAUAUGAGAUUUUGCUGAAGCAGAACUUUUUUAUUGCAGUAAAUUUAGAAGCAGAGGUUUAGAAGACAUACAGUGAUCCAACUGCAACAGUUGAUCAGGUCUUCAUGUUGAAGCUGAAUGAAAGCAUGAACAUCAGAGGAUGACGUCAUAUCUUCUUGGCACACACAAAGGGUAUCUCCUCC